UUCCUACAACCAUGGACUUACAAUAUUUCAUGGUCUUCAUGUUUGAGCUUGCAGGGAAAAUAUCAAUUAUCAGUUCUGUGCUACAUAGGUCUGAUUGUUUGCUGUUGUGCCAAUUUCUGAAAGCAUUUUCUGGUAGUAGGGGCUCCACUUCACUAGGCAUAUGGCUGCACCAAGGUAACUAUAAAAGGAAUCUCAGAUCCCACAUCCGCCAUCAGUUUAUCUCAAAAUGAAGCUUCAACUCACCGUCUGCUCCCUGCUAGUGAUUGCCUGCUGUGUUGUCGAUGCCUACAAUGAUGAUGGUCAGCCUGGCUGCAAGACUCAAACGGAACUAGACAUUGCAUUUUUCCGGAACAGCUGGGAUCCUACGUCCUACUGGAUGUGUGAUGAACUUAACGUACCAGCCACCCAAAUGAAGUGCCCCGAAGAAACGGGCUUUGUAGAAAGCCUCAAGAACUGUGUCAGCUGGGACGAAUGGGAAUGGGAAAGUCCUGUUGCUCCACUCAGCGAAGUGGACGAGUGACCACUCCGCGAAUAUACACAUUUUGAAACAGAAAUCACGUGUUUUAAAAUUAUUUUCAUUGAAUUGAGAAUUAAACAAAUGCGCUAGGCGAUAGCAAAUGUA